AUGCUGCUGAAGAAUCUGCUGCCUGAUGGCGCCUGUCCUUAUGCCACUUCGUUGUCUGCCGAGAAGAAGGGCGUCUUCUACCUCAGUCGCAUCGCUCCUUCCGGCUCGCAACUAUGGGUCGCCAAUGCCGACGGAAGCAACGCCACAAAGCUGACGGGCAAUCAAUCAACACCCUUUGACUACCACGCUUCUUGGUCUGCAGAUGGCAAGAAGAUUGUGUUUACCAGCGAACGCCGCGCCGACGGUCAAUCGGAUCUUUACCAGGUCAAUGCCGACGUAUCCCACGUUACGAAGCUUGUUUCAAGUGACUCGUUAGAGGAUGGCGGCAGUCUAUCGCCUGAUGGCUCGAAGCUUGCAUACAAUUCCACCGCGACCAAUUACACAACGAAUGUCUUUGUGAAGGAUCUCAGCAAUGGUGUAGCAGUCAACGUCACCGGGAGCGACGAGAGGGUAGGCAGUUUUGUAGGCCCUCACGGCUUGUUUCCCCCUGCCUGGUCGCCUGAUGGAGAGUGGCUCACUUUCAGCUCUGAUGCUAUCUAUGCUGCGCACCAAGACGGAACUGGCUUCCGCAAGGUGAUCAGAGAGGAAGGCCGUUGUCUUGGCACUCCGAAGUGGUCCCCCGAUGGAGCCCGCAUCGUCUACUACAAUAUCUCCACUGAGGAUACCUACGGCGCGCAUGGUACUUUCAACGGUCAGGAGGAUGUAGUGUCUUCCCAGAUUUUCAGCGUUGAUGUUGCAACCGGCACCGAUGUCAGACAGCAUACUUUUGACGACACCCUGAAACUCUGCCCCGCGUAUUUGCAGAAUGGCAGCAGUAUUGGGUAUCUUGUCAACGCUAGAGAGAAAGCAGGAUUCCACUACACCGCUCCCGAUGCAACGCCCCAAUAUAUCAAUAGUACAAUGCGUGACCUAUCAUGGUCCUCGGACGGAAGCAACGUCGUUUGUAAAAUCUACGAGUGGGGCCCGCGAGCUGCAGAGAAACAGUUGUUCAGCUGGGACGACGACUGGGAGUACCGCUUCAUGGACGUGUUUCCCUCUUUCAACAAACAGACUGGACGUCUUGCAACUACAGAGAAGCAGCUCGGCAACGGCUCAUCUUCCGUCGUGCUCUCGAUGCCGACUACAGCCGUCACUACCGCUUUUGAAACCUGUGAUGUCAAUGCAUCAGCAGAGUAUGCAGCGCUCCACGCAAGUGGUCUAGCUGGCACCUUCCAGCCAAUCUCGUCAGCAGACGGGUCCAAGCUUGCUACAGGCCUUGGUGUAUGGUUCUUCAACCGUGUGUUGUACCCUGCGACGCUCUACUCUUUCGAUGCUUCAGGCACGAAAAACGAGAACCUCACUGAUGGCACUCUCAAUGCUGGCUUCCCUUCUUUCUCACCUGACGGCACCAAGCGUGUUAACCGACUCUGGAACUCGACGUACGGACCUCUAGGACUGCACAUGCUGGACAUGGAGACUGGAAGUACGCCGCAGCUGACUUCUGGCUGGGACAAUACGCCUGGCUGGUCCCCAGAUGGUGAGCUUAUUGUCUUUACGCGCCGAACAAAUUGGACCUGGGGCCCAAGCUGGCAGGAGGACCGCUUUGACAUUUGCACAAUUCGUCCUGAUGAGAGUGAAGCCAAUGAUGCGGAUGCUGUCUGGGGCUAUGAUGGAAAGAUCAUGUACAGUACCGGCAUUUACGGCUUCAGAGACGAGAGUGUGCUGUACGACAACACCUUCCAGCCGUACGGGCAGAUUGUAGUCAUGGAUAAGGAUGGAAGCAACAAGCAGAUGUUGACUGACAGCAUGUGGGAGGACAGUAUGCCGUUGUACGUAGAGCGGGAGUUUUUUGACUGA